CGCUAGAUGGUCAUCCUUCAUUCCGUCGAUGUUCUUCCACAGCGAUAGUCAGCCCUGAAUUGUGGUCCGUUGAGAGUGUGAGUUUUGCUUCUGUGAUAGCUAGACCCAGUGCCAAGUGUGCCUAGGAAGGAUGUUGUUCCUGGCGCCGCGCAAACAUUUGUUUGCCACCAACCUGAUCAUUUUGCUAAUGAUCUAUGUGAUGCGCAAGUGCCUGCAGCUAUUUUGCUUCAUCGAGAACCGUGGCGUUAACCCGGAGGAGGAGCAGGACAAGGAGCAGCAUGAGGUUGUCAAGCAGCGUCGUCGCCGCGGCGGCUUCAAGAUCAUCCCCGACGCCAUGCACCAGAGCAUGCAUGGUUUUGGCUACGGCGAGGGUCACUACCAGAUCUUUGUGGAGAAGAAGGAGCGCAAUCUUCCCACCAAAUCUCGCCUCAACGCGGCCACAGCCGAAGUCAAGCUGAAUCCCAAUUAGAUGAUUUUCUUGACACCAAAAGGAAAACACUGACAUCCCGCCGGAUGUCAAGGACAAUGAGCCAAUAGAGCAAGCCAUAAAAAAUAUCCUCAAAACCCAAAAGCAACCCCCAUACAUAUCCAAGUCUUCUUCAAUAGUUUUUAAAAUAAUAAUUAAUUGUACUAUCUCCCUUUUUUGUAAACCACAAAAGCGCAUUAUUGGCCAUUAAUAAAAAAAACAUACAAAUA